AUGUAUAACGGCAUCAACGUUCAUUUCCCUGUUAUCUUCGAUGACGGUUUCAAAUGGCUUCUUAGGGUCAGACAGUCCCAUAAUGGCUACCCACCUCCUGAAAUACAAAAAUUUGUAGUCCGAAGUGAAGUGACUGCUCUAACGAUUCUCAAAAAUGGUGGAGUACUUGCUCCUGAUGCUUGGUAUCCUCUUAGCGACGGUCAAUCCUCUCAGCCCGAUUUAUGCUACUUCUUCUGCCAAUUACUGAAUGGAGCAUCUUUGAACAUUCCAAAGAGAGGAAUUGACGCUCUUUGGACACCUGGGCCAGAGAUAAAGCACAUUAUCGAGGAAUACGCUAGAAUAUCCAUUCUAAUCGCCGAUACACCCAUCUCCAGUAGCUUGAUCGGCUGCCCCAUACCAGAUCCCGAUGACCCCCAUCACAGAAGCAUCGGACCUUUGGCUACUCACCGUUCAUUGAACAUGAUCCAACCACCUUAUUUCCCUGGCCCUUUCAAUAACAACCAAGAACGUUAUCUAGCACAAAUAGAUAUAGCUCUCGAUCACGUUUUCAAUGGACAUUUAUGCCAGAGGAAUACCUUAGAUGCCUAUUUAUGGCAUCUAGAGCUCAGGGAGCUGGUUGGACUAUGCGAUAUGCUUGCCGAGAAACCCAACAAGGUAUAUAUUAAACAUGCGGAUGAUAAGGGGGAUCAUUUAAUGGGUGAUGGUGAGGGUAAUUUGACAGGGAUUAUAGACUGGGAAUGGGCAUACGCGACGACCAAGGAAGAAGCUUUCUCCUCGCCGUACUUCUGCUUCACACACAAUCGAUACUACGCCGGUAACAACUUUAUGACACCCGCGGAGGAGCUGUUGAUUCAAGCUUAUGAGAGAUUUGGGAGGAAGGACUUGGCAGAUUGCAUCAGGAACGGCAAGAUCUACCAGCGAUUGAGUCAUAUAGGCACAUUUGAACCAUGGCCUUGUCCUCAACGUGGUGUCUUAGAAGCCUUUGCACAAUGGAAACCGGCUAAUCUCAAACCACCGGCCAAGUUCGAUAAAUCAUGGAGAGUAUAUCUCAUAGAUCGAUAUAGAGACAACGAGACCCUUCAGGAACUCAUCAAGCGUGAAGCUUGGGAUCAGGAGAAAGGAAGGGCCGAAGUGAAAUCAGAGAGGGAAAAAUGGCUGGAGGAGAGAAAGGAGAAGUGCAAGGAGCACUCUUCUGUGGAAAUCUCGUAG